AUGCGUUUUCUCGAGUUCCAUACCUCCGUCCCAGUGCCUCAGAUCCUUCAUUAUGGCAUGCCCAAGGAGAGUCUAGAUGAACUAGGGCCGUUCAUUAUCAUAGAGUAUAUCGAACACGAGUACGACUUCGUCGACGCGCUCAAUACACCGGAAAUCCCAGAUGAUGAGCGACCAAUCCUGGAUCCUCAGAUCUCGGAGGAACGGCUAACCUUUGCUUACGGUCAAAUGGCCGAUAUCAUGCUUCAGCUGUCAAAGCACACAUUCACCGAAAUCGGCUGUAUAGCCCGCGCAAACGAAGAAGAUGACUUUGACGACGCUUGGGUUGUGAAACACCGUCCAUUGACGUUGAACAUGAAUGAACUUGUCCAAGUGGAAACUUUCCACCCCAUCUUCUCCCUGACGGUCCUUUUCCGACAUCAUCAUCCUACUACCAGGCCCUGCUGA